AUGAGCCAAGCCGAUAAUAACGCCAACCUAGCAGAAAUAAAAAAGAGGAGGUGCUGUAACUUUUGCCGCCCGAUCAUCACUGGCCCUCAGCAGGCAGACGGAGUCACAACAGCCCAGCUGGACGAGCUCAGGGUUCUUCUGUAUGCUGUGGUGAAGGAGGACGUUGGCACCGAGGUCCAGAACUUCAGACCGUUCUUCAACGGGGAGAUCUUCUUGGAUGAGAAGAGACAGUUUUACGGGUGUGAGCAGAAGAUGGGUCUGCUGGGGUUUCUGCAUGUCGGGGUUUGGAUGAAUGGCCUGAGGGCCUUUAAGAACAGCUUCUCAGGAAACGUUCUGGGGGAAGGAUGUGUCCUCGGUGGGGUCUUCGUCAUUGGACAAGGAAAGCAGGGAAUACUUCUGGAGCACAGAGAGAUCGAGUUCGGAGACAAAGUCAACACUCAAGAAGUCAUCCGAGCCGUCAGGAGAAUAUCACAGGAGCUGCAGCAUUUAGAGAAGAAAUAAACCUUUCUAUUACCUCUGCUGGAUCAGAAUAUGUGCUACAGGAAGUCUAGAAGCCCGUAGAUGUUUGAUUCUCUGUAUAGAGAAAGAUUUCAUGCCAGUUUGAGGAGUGGAUAUCUGUAAAGUUGUAAACUCCUCUUCGAUCUAGGAAGCUUAAAGCUGAAGCUUCAACACUCAGGACUCUGCAUCGGUUUUGUAAACAAUCAAACCGUCUCUAAAGCUGUCUUUGCAUUAAGUUGGAACAUGUUUAAAACCUCUGAACUCCAAG